AUGCCACUAACAAUCGAUGGCCAAUAUUCCAAAGAAACCGUCGACGAAUUUUUGGAGGGCCUGAAGAAGGAGGACCUGGCCAAGAUUUGGGACAAAAUCCACCUGACCUGCUUGCCCAGUGAGGACGAGAUGGGGAGACAGCUUUGGAUCGUCGACAAGGGCAGGCUUGCUGCUUGGAAAGAUGAUUUCCAACCGGUGGAACGUGGCGCCGAGCCGAUCAAGAGCUUUCUGGAGCAACAAGAAACAACGAAGAAAGACGUCAUCAAGUAUUAUGAAGCAAAUAAGGAGAGUCUGGCUGAUAUGCGUACGAUGGCCGGCCAAGAGAGGUUUGGAAAGGACGCUAACCAGCCCAGCGGCAGUCUGCUGAUCCACAGCAAAGACUGGUCGGACAAGGCAAUGGCCACGCGGUUGGCCGAGGUAUUUCUGGUGCUCGCGAAAGCCAUCAACUCGGGUCGGCUGGAAUCUGAUGAUUUACCGUUCACCGAAUCUGAUAUGGUCCUUUCCUUGUCGUUUACGAGGUUCAAGCCCGAGAAGGACUCCAGGGUUAAGAUCGUCACCACAACUACCGUAACUGGGGCCCUGCUGCAACAAGUCGUCGAGAUUCUCCUCGAAAACGACGUGUACCUGGGCAUUCUGCACGUGAAAGUCAAGUCGGACGUCGCCUGGGUCAUGGACCGGUACUUGGAUGCAGGCGGCAGGGAUUACAGGCCCUUCACCCCGUUCUGCGAGGGCAUGCUGGACAAGUACGAGGAAUUGGCGAAAAAAUUC